AUGAGUGAAGAACCAAAGGAGAAAAGUGCAAAACCUGCUCAUAGGAAAAGGAAAGGAAAAAAGUCUGAUGCCAAUGCGAGUUACUUAAGAGCGGCUCGAGCGGGACACUUGGAAAAGGCUCUUGACUACAUAAAAAACGGAGUUGACAUCAACAUCUGCAAUCAGAAUGGGUUGAAUGCGCUCCAUCUUGCCUCCAAAGAAGGCCACGUAGAAGUUGUUUCUGAACUGCUACACAGAGAAGCCAAUGUGGAUGCAGCUACCAAGAAAGGAAACACUGCAUUGCAUAUAGCAUCUUUGGCUGGGCAAGCAGAGGUGGUAAAGGUCUUGGUUACAAAUGGAGCCAACGUCAAUGCACAGUCUCAGAAUGGUUUCACCCCAUUGUACAUGGCAGCCCAGGAAAACCACCUGGAAGUCGUCAAGUUUCUUCUUGACAAUGGUGCCAGCCAGAGCCUCGCCACAGAGGAUGGCUUCACGCCGUUGGCAGUGGCUUUGCAACAAGGUCACGAUCAAGUAGUGUCCCUCCUGCUAGAAAACGACACGAAGGGCAAAGUGCGGCUCCCGGCUCUUCACAUCGCCGCCCGAAAGGAUGACACGAAAGCGGCCGCCCUGCUGCUGCAGAAUGACCACAAUGCGGACGUGGAGUCCAAGAGUGGCUUCACUCCGCUCCACAUAGCGGCUCACUACGGGAACAUCAAUGUGGCCACGUUGCUGUUAAACCGAGCGGCUGCCGUGGACUUCACUGCAAGGAAUGACAUCACUCCUUUACACGUUGCAUCAAAAAGAGGAAAUGCCAACAUGGUAAAAUUACUGCUUGAUCGAGGAGCUAAAAUUGAUGCCAAAACAAGGGACGGCCUGACACCGCUGCACUGUGGAGCCAGGAGCGGCCAUGAGCAGGUGGUGGAAAUGCUGCUCGACCGAGCUGCCCCCAUUCUCUCAAAAACCAAGAAUGGACUGUCCCCACUGCACAUGGCCACGCAAGGGGAUCACUUGAACUGUGUCCAGCUUCUCCUCCAGCACAACGUGCCUGUGGACGACGUCACCAACGACUACCUGACUGCCCUGCACGUGGCCGCCCACUGCGGCCAUUACAAAGUGGCCAAGGUUCUCUUGGACAAGAAAGCUAACCCCAAUGCCAAAGCCCUGAAUGGCUUCACCCCUCUUCACAUCGCCUGCAAGAAGAAUCGGAUUAAAGUCAUGGAACUCCUUCUGAAACACGGUGCAUCCAUCCAAGCUGUAACGGAGUCGGGCCUUACCCCAAUCCAUGUUGCUGCCUUCAUGGGGCAUGUAAAUAUCGUGUCACAGCUAAUGCAUCAUGGAGCCUCCCCAAAUACCACCAACGUGAGAGGAGAAACAGCGCUGCACAUGGCAGCUCGGUCCGGCCAGGCCGAAGUGGUGCGGUAUCUGGUGCAAGACGGAGCUCAGGUAGAAGCUAAAGCAAAGGAUGACCAAACCCCACUUCACAUCUCAGCCCGAUUGGGGAAGGCGGAUAUAGUCCAACAGCUGUUGCAGCAAGGAGCGUCUCCAAAUGCAGCCACGACUUCCGGGUACACCGCCCUCCACCUUGCAGCCCGAGAAGGGCAUGAGGACGUGGCCUCAUUCCUUUUGGAUCAUGGCGCAUCUCUGUCUAUAACAACAAAGAAAGGAUUCACUCCCCUUCAUGUGGCAGCAAAAUAUGGGAAGCUUGAAGUAGCCAACCUCCUGCUACAGAGGAGCGCAUCUCCUGAUGCCGCUGGGAAGAGCGGGCUAACUCCACUGCAUGUAGCCGCACAUUACGAUAACCAGAAGGUGGCCCUUCUGCUUUUGGACCAAGGAGCCUCGCCUCAUGCAGCUGCAAAGAAUGGUUAUACACCACUGCACAUCGCUGCCAAAAAGAACCAGAUGGACAUAGCGACGACUCUGCUGGAAUAUGGUGCUGAUGCAAACGCAGUUACCCGGCAAGGAAUUGCUUCUGUCCAUCUUGCAGCUCAGGAGGGUCACGUGGACAUGGUGUCGCUGCUCCUCAGCCGGAAUGCCAACGUGAACCUGAGCAAUAAGAGUGGCCUGACCCCACUCCAUCUGGCUGCUCAAGAAGACAGAGUUAAUGUAGCUGAAGUCCUCGUCAACCAAGGGGCACACGUGGACGCCCAGACCAAGAUGGGAUACACCCCACUCCACGUGGGUUGCCACUAUGGAAACAUCAAGGUCGUUAAUUUCCUGCUCCAGCAUUCUGCAAAAGUUAAUGCCAAAACAAAGAAUGGGUAUACGCCAUUGCAUCAAGCAGCUCAACAAGGACAUACACAUAUAAUCAACGUCUUGCUUCAGAACAAUGCCUCCCCCAAUGAACUCACUGUGAAUGGGAACACUGCCCUCGCCAUUGCCCGGAGGCUUGGCUACAUCUCAGUGGUGGACACGCUGAAGGUCGUGACUGAAGAGACCAUUACAACGACGACUGUCACAGAGAAGCACAAAAUGAAUGUUCCAGAAACAAUGAAUGAAGUUCUUGAUAUGUCUGAUGACGAAGUUCGUAAGGCCAACGCCCCUGAAAUGCUCAGUGAUGGCGAGUAUAUCUCAGAUGUUGAAGAAGGUGGUAGAUGCACAUGGUAUAAAAUUCCCAAGGUAGAAGAGUUGUCGGUGAAAAGCGAGGACGCACUGACGGGGGACACUGACAAGUACCUGGGGCCACAGGACCUCAAGGAGCUGGGCGACGAUUCUCUGCCUGCCGAGGGCUACAUGGGCUUCAGCCUCGGGGCCCGUUCUGCCAGCCUCCGCUCCUUCAGUUCGGAUAGGUCUUACACCUUGAACAGAAGCUCCUAUGCCCGGGACAGCAUGAUGAUUGAAGAACUCCUGGUGCCGUCCAAAGAGCAGCACCUAACUUUCACCAGAGAAUUUGAUUCAGAUUCUCUUAGACACUACAGCUGGGCUGCAGACACCUUGGACAAUGUCAAUCUUGUCUCAAGUCCUGUUCACUCUGGGUUUCUGGUGAGCUUCAUGGUGGAUGCGAGAGGCGGCUCCAUGAGGGGAAGCCGUCACCACGGGAUGCGAAUCAUCAUCCCCCCACGCAAGUGCACGGCCCCCACCCGCAUCACCUGCCGUCUGGUAAAGAGACAUAAACUGGCCACCCCACCCCCCAUGGUGGAAGGAGAGGGAUUAGCCAGUAGGCUGGUAGAAAUGGGCCCUGCAGGGGCCCAGUUUUUAGGCCCUGUCAUAGUGGAAAUACCUCACUUUGGGUCUAUGCGAGGAAAAGAGAGAGAACUCAUUGUUCUUCGAAGUGAAAAUGGAGAAACGUGGAAGGAGCACCAAUUUGACAGUAAAAAUGAAGAUUUGACCACGUUACUUAAUGGCAUGGAUGAAGAACUUGAUAGUCCGGAAGAGUUAGGGAAAAAGCGAAUCUGCAGGAUUAUCACAAAGGACUUCCCUCAGUAUUUUGCAGUAGUUUCACGGAUUAAGCAGGAAAGCAACCAGAUUGGUCCUGAAGGUGGAAUUCUGAGCAGCACCACGGUGCCCCUGGUCCAGGCUUCUUUCCCUGAGGGCGCUUUGACCAAAAGAAUCCGAGUGGGCCUCCAGGCUCAGCCAGUUCCAGAUGAAAUUGUGAAAAAGAUCCUUGGAAACAAAGCAACAUUUAGCCCAAUUGUCACUGUGGAACCAAGGAGGAGGAAAUUCCAUAAACCGAUCACAAUGACCAUUCCGGUGCCCCCGCCCUCGGGAGAAGGCGUGUCCAAUGGGUACAAGGGGGACGCCACACCCAAUCUGCGCCUUCUCUGCAGCAUCACAGGGGGCACCUCACCGGCUCAGUGGGAAGACAUCACAGGAACUACUCCUUUGACAUUUAUAAAGGAUUGUGUCUCUUUUACAACCAAUGUUUCAGCCAGAUUUUGGCUUGCAGACUGCCAUCAAGUUUUAGAAACUGUGGGGUUAGCCACACAACUGUACAGAGAAUUAAUAUGUGUUCCAUAUAUGGCCAAGUUUGUUGUUUUUGCCAAAAUGAACGAUCCUGUAGAAUCCUCCCUGCGGUGUUUCUGCAUGACAGAUGACAAAGUGGACAAAACUUUAGAGCAGCAAGAGAAUUUUGAGGAGGUUGCAAGAAGCAAAGAUAUUGAGGUUCUGGAAGGAAAACCUAUUUAUGUUGAUUGUUAUGGAAAUCUGGCUCCACUGACCAAAGGAGGACAGCAACUUGUUUUUAACUUUUAUGCUUUCAAAGAAAAUAGACUGCCAUUUUCCAUCAAGAUUAGAGACACCAGCCAAGAGCCCUGUGGUCGUCUGUCUUUUCUGAAAGAACCAAAGACAACAAAAGGACUGCCUCAAACAGCUGUCUGCAACUUAAAUAUCACUCUGCCAGCACAUAAAAAGGCCGAGAAAGCAGAUAAACGACAGAGCUUUGCAUCUUUAGCUUUACGUAAGCGCUACAGCUACUUGACUGAGCCUGGAAUGAGUCCACAGAGUCCCUGUGAACGGACAGAUAUCAGGAUGGCAAUAGUAGCCGAUCACCUGGGACUUAGUUGGACAGAACUGGCAAGGGAACUGAAUUUUUCAGUGGAUGAAAUCAAUCAAAUACGUGUGGAAAAUCCAAAUUCUUUAAUUUCUCAAAGCUUCAUGUUAUUGAAAAAAUGGGUUACAAGAGAUGGAAAAAAUGCUACAACUGAUGCCUUAACUUCGGUCUUGACAAAAAUUAACCGAAUAGAUAUAGUGACUCUGCUAGAAGGACCAAUAUUUGAUUAUGGAAAUAUUUCAGGCACCAGAAGUUUUGCAGAUGAGAACAAUGUUUUCCAUGACCCUGUUGAUGGUUAUCCUUCCCUUCAAGUGGAACUGGAAACUCCCACAGGGUUGCACUAUACACCACCCACCCCUUUCCAGCAAGAUGAUUAUUUUAGUGAUACCUCUAGCAUAGAAUCUCCCUUUAGAACCCCCAGUAGACUGAGUGAUGGGCUAGUGCCUUCCCGGGGAAACGUAGAGCAUUCAGCAGAUGGACCUCCAGUUGUAACUGCAGAAGACACUUCCUUAGAAGACAGCAGACUUGAAGACUCAAUGCCCAUAACAGAAAUGCCCGAAGCAGUCGAUGUAGAUGAGAGCCAGUUGGAGAAUGUAUAUCUGAGUGAGUAUCCUGGAUACCUUGGAAGUAUGGCUGGGGUUCCAAAAGAUGUUAAACCAGCAGAGCCACUGCAACAUACUAGAAAAGUAAGAGUCAGCUCUGAGCAGCAAGAGAAAGGAAAAUCUGGUCCUGAUGAGGAGAUGACAGAAGAAAAACUCAAAUCUCUAUUUGAGGACAUUCAACUUGAAGAAGGAGUAGAGUCUGAGGAGAUGACAGAAGAAAAAGUACAGUCUAUUCUUAAGCGUGUUCAGCAAGCAGAACUGGAAAUGUCUUCAAUUACAGGUUGGCAGAAUGAGACCAGUGGAAACCUAGAGUCCCCGGCUCAAGCUCGAAGAAUAACUGGUGGGUUACUAGAUCGACUGGAUGACAGCCCAGACCAAUGUAGAGAUUCCAUUACCUCAUAUCUCAAAGGAGAACCUGGGAAAUUUGAAGCCAAUGGGAACCAUGCAGAAGUCACUCCAGAAGCCAAGAUGAAAUCUUACUUUCCAGAAUCCCAAAAUGAUGUAGGGAAACAGAGUCCUAAGGAAACCCUGAGACCAAAACCACACGGAUAUGGUCGUGUUGAGGAACCAGCAUCAUCAUCACUAGCAGCAUAUCAGAAAUCUCUGGAAGAAACCAGCAAGUUUGUAACAGAGGAACCUAAACCCUGUGUGCCUGUCGGUAUGAAAAAGAUGAGUAGGACUUCUCCUGCAGAUGGCAAGCCAAGGCUUAACCUCCACGAAGAAGAGGGGUCCAGUGGGUCUGAGCCAAAGCAGGGAGAAGGUUAUAAGGUGAAGACAAAGAAAGAAGUCCGACACGUGGAGAAGAAGAGCCACUCGUAA